AUGUGUUACUCUGAUUCGUAUCAAGUGUUUUACUCCAUGUUAUCUUUCCAUUCUCUCUCUUCUGUUGUUGCUUCUGCGUAUAACAUGGCGACUCCAUUGAGGCUACACACUGGACCAUUUUCCUACUUAUUUUUCACCAUCUAUCUUCUUGUGUAUGAUUAUGCGUAUUGUCAUGCCCGUGUUGUAAAAUUGGUACGUUCCAUUAUCUUGUCUCUUUCUGUCUGUCUCUAUAGCGUUCUAUCAACAAUAUUUCUCAUGUGCUUCGUGUCUCUCACACUUACCAUCCUACUCACCCGUUGGCACUUACUUCACUCUUGGCAUUUUUUGAUUCUAUUUAUGAAGCCAAUUUGGUUUUCGCAAACAUUCUUUUAUAUUAAUAGUGUACAAGGUCGCAAAAAUAUACAGUCAUUAUUAUCAUUAUCAUUGUUAUUAUUAUCAUUACUAUUAAUAUUACUACUUCUUUUAUUAUAA